UCAGACCAUUCAGUGAAUUAUUCCAAGCAUCUUGUUGCGACUCUGCUAACCGACACCUUCACAACGAAAUAAUCGGAAUAUCACCAAGAACACCUUCCCACACUGCAGACGAUACAAGGGAGGCAUCUGUCUUCAGUUAUACAUUUUAUUUAUGCACAACUCGUUUUCUGGGCUACUUUCGGCUUAAGGUUGCAACCCGACUCUUUCGACCAAUCUCUAACAAAACAGCUGUUACCACAGGUCAUCAUCAUGUCUAAUUCAGAGAAGCCAAAAGAAGGGACUGUUGACGCGCCGAAAGAUGCCCCGAAGACCACUCCAUCCCUGGCGACUGGGUUGACACCGCGUGCUCCCAGCACCGGUCCCUCGGCAGCAUACAUCCCUCAGUUCUCAGCGGCUACUCAGAUGAUUCUCAAGCGACUGAAAGGAGAGCCUAGUAAUCUCGGAGCGGCCCUUUCGCAGGCCUCUCGCUCACCGUCUAUCACGGCGAGCAUCCCCUCAGCCACAUAUGAGGAUGUCAAGAGAAGACUGGUCAUGAGCAUGAACACAUCAUCCCAGAUGUCCAUGCAAAUGCCUGCCACCGCACCACUCUCCAUGAGAGCUCCCUCUGUGCCAUUGCCAGCGCCCUCACUAGCUAUCCCGCCAUCCAACAAGAGCACCUCCGGCAUGAGCGCCAUCCGUAAAGUCACCGCUGGCCUUACCGGCUCCUCCAAGAAUACCCCUACCAAGUCCUCUACUGCCCCAAAGGUCCUCUCCUCCGAUAGCAAAGUCAAGAAAGCCAAAGGCAAACCCAACAGUCGGGCCACCGGCCAUAGUAACAAGCAUCGCCAGCGCCUCAAAGGCCAGUCAGCAGAUAUCAGCGGCAUCUCCGACUCGGAUUCUGAAGUAGAAACCCCUACCACCGCCAGCACCGGCAAUGGCCCCUUCUCAGCCGGCGGUGGUGGUGACAGCACCCCAACCGCCACCAUGACCAAAUCCGGUAGGCAGGUUCAGAAGCCCGACGCCUACAACCCAGCAGCCAUGGAAGCGGCCACCAAGAAACGAGUCCACUACGGCAAGCGGACCGCCGAGCAGGCUCUCUGCAAGAAGUGCAGCAGGAUGCACUCCCCGAGCAGCAACCAGAUUGUUUUCUGCGACGGGUGUGAUGCGGGCUGGCAUCAGUACUGUCACGACCCGUUCGUGUCAGAUGACAUCGUCAAGAACACGAGCAAGAACUGGUUCUGCUCGGAGUGUGCCGCCAAGAAGGAAAGACAGGGCAGUCAUGCGAAGAAGCUGAAGCAAGAGCAUGUUCCCAGGGGGCCGCCAAAGAAGGAGAGCUGGGCUGGGAAGAGCGUCCAGCAGAAAAGAGCGUACUUGUCUACCUUGCCAGCACAGGAGCUUGUUGGUUUGUUGAUGACGAGCUUGGAGCUUCAUCCUGAUUUGCCAAUUUUCCCUAGUCCGGUGGUGGACACGGGGGUUGACGCGAGUGGUGCGCCGAGGGGGCUUUUUGCCGGGGGUACAACAGAAGGUUUGUUUACGAGGGCGAAUGCUAAUCCUACUGGGCAAGGGAUUAAUUUUAUGAGAAAGGUCCAGUCCAAUGGGAGUGCGAGAGGUAGCCAGGAUCGGACGGCUGGGCAGCAGGAGGAGGAGGACGAGGAAGAUCCACUGACGUUAUUGUGGCCGAAGCCGGGGAAGGGACUGUAUGCUAGGCUUGGGGCUGAUGUGCUGGAUGAAAGGGGGCUUUUGGAUGCGGAAGGGGAAGACUUUGAGGCGUUCAGCUCGAUAGUAUAUGAUGAUCGCGGGAGGAAAGUGUUGGAAAAUGGGAUGAAGGUUUAAGGGUGGUUAUGGGGUUGGAGCUUGACUGCCCAAAGGUCUCACGAACUGGCAAGGCAAGCCAACGCACAAAGGAAAAAAGAAGGCAGAGUGAUGUGCAUCAUGGAAGAGGCCGGGUUAGAUUCUGGCUUGGGCGCAUCGCUUUUCUUCUACCUUAGCCAUGCUUGGGAUGGAGGCUCUACAAGCUUAUAUAUGGGACCAUGCGCGCCCGCGUGUGAUAGGACCAUGUAAAUAGCUUGUAGCGGAUUUAGCCAUUCUUCUGUUAUACCAUACACUUGUAGCAAUAAGUAAGUACCUAC